AUGACCAUCCUCCACCCGAAAGGGCAGGAAUGGGGCCCCAGAGAUUUUGUUAAAAGUUUCCACACCUCGGCCGGUGACAGGCUUCGAGACGACGUUUCCGUUAACGGGUUCCUCGAGAUAGCGGACGCAUGGCUGUGCUAUCUGCUGAUCCCAGUUGCUUCCCUUCCUGGGUGGCUCGUUAGAAGCCAGGCCACCACGGACGUAAACGUUGUGAACAUGGUCAUCGUGAUUGUUUUUCGAGGACGGGUGUCCAUUGCCGGUGUUUGGUAUGGUGUUCGGCAUAAAGGGGAUCCUGGGUGGGAGCUACUGGAGGGCACGCCUUGGACCCUGGAACUUUACCCCGGGGCCCUGCAGGCCGCCUGGGCUCUACGGGACGUUGGCAACACGAGGCCCCUGCUGCCUCGGAAAAAGUCCCGUCGGGAGCCCGAGGCUUCAGGCGGGGGCAACUGGGAUUUCGGGAAGGGAUUUUCACGAUUCAACAGGCUGCGGAAGUGGGAUGGCGUCACCUUUGCAGGAAUUGCAGAGCUGCUCUGUCUCCGUCCACCAGCCUUCCGGAUCCUCCGAGCUCCCGCCAGCCGUAAGGUGAGGGACCCGCCAUUCCAGGCCCAAUCCAGGGAGCCAAGGCCCAGUGCUCCAGGGAAGCGGCCUCUGUGCCCACCAUCUGCCCCUGAGAGCCUCGGGGUGGUCACGGGGCCGGAGGAAGGGGGCCCCGCCAUGGACUCAGAAUAUGAGCAGGGUCACAUUCGGAAGCUGCAGGCCCAGCGCAUGCUGAUGCAGGAAAAGACGUUCACCAAAUGGAUCAACAACAUCUUUUCCCACGGCAAGGCGACGGCGACCAUCGGGAACGUGUACGUGGAUCUGAAGGAUGGGACCAACCUGCUGCGGCUGCUGGAGCUCAUCUCCGGCGAGGCCCUGCCGCCUCCAAGCCGGGGCCGCAUGCGGGUCCACUUCUUGGAGAACAACAGCCGCGCUCUGACCUUUCUCAGGUCAAAGGUGCCAGUGCCACUCAUCGGGCCAGAGAACAUCGUGGAUGGCGACCAGAUGCUCAUCCUGGGCCUCAUCUGGGUCAUCAUCCUGCGCUUCCAGAUCUCCCGCAUCUCCCUGGACAAGGAGGAGUUUGGGGCCAGCGCGGCACUGCUGUCGGCCAAAGAGGCCCUGCUGAUCUGGUGCCAGCGGAAGACGGCCAGCUAUGCCAACGUGAACAUCAUUGACUUCUCCCGCAGCUGGAGCGACGGGCUGGGCUUCAAUGCCCUCAUCCACGCCCACAGGCCGGACUUGAUCGAGUACGGACCCCUGAGGGCCGAAGAGCCGCUGCACAACCUGGAUUAUGCCUUCGAGGUGGCCCGGCGGCACCUGGGCAUCUCCCGCCUGCUGGACCCGGAGGACGUGGCCGGGCCCCAUCCUGACGAGCGCUCCAUCAUGACUUAUGUCUCCCUCUACUACCAUUACUUCUCCCGCCUACACCAGGGCCAGACCGUCCAGAAAAGAUUGGCCAAGAUCCUGCAGCAGCUGCGGGAAACAGAGGAGCUGCAGGAGCAGUACGAGCAACUGGUGUCAGACCUGCUGCGCUGGAUCGAGAGGAAGGAGUCAGAGCUGGAGCGGCGCGACUUCCCGGACACGCUGCCCGCCAUGCGCCAGCUCCUGGCCACCUUCGCGGCCUUCCGCACGGAGGAGAAGCCCCCACGGCUGCGGCAGCGUGGCGCGGCCGAGGCCCUGCUGUUCCGGCUGCGCACUGCGCUGCGGGCACAGAACCGCCGGCCCUUCGUGCCACCCGAGGGGCUGGGCCCCGGGGAGCUGGCGAGGCGCUGGCAGGGCCUGGAGCGGGCCGAGGCCAGGAGGGGCCAGGCCCUGCAGCGGGAGCUGCUGCGGCUGGGGCGGCUGGAGCAGCUGGCAGGCCGCUUCGAGCGGAAGGCGGCCCUGCGGGAGGGCUUCCUGGCAGAGACGGAGCAGGUGCUGGGCCGCCUGGGCCCCUGCUGCCCCGCCAACCCUGCCCUGAUGGAGGCCGCGGCCAAGCGGCUGGGCGCCCUGGAGGCCCACGCCCUGCCCCAGGAGGAGCGCUUCCGGGCGCUGGCCAAGAUCGCCGCCCUCCUACAACAAGAACGCUUCCACGGCCAUGCCCAGGUGGCCCGCAGGGAGAAGGAGAUCGCCGAACGCUGGCAACUGUUACAGGAGCAGUUCCGGGAGCGGAGGGAACAGAUGAAGGGCGUCGAGGAUGUGCUCGGGCUGUGGCGCGAGGUGGACAACCUCACCGACGAGCUGAAGGAGCUGCAGGUGCUGGCCGCUUCCCCAGCCUGCGGGCAGCAGCUGGCAGAGGUGGUGGAGCAGCUGCAGAAGCAUCACCUCCUGGAGUCCCAGAUCUCAUCGCACGGUGCCAGUGUGGACCACCUGGCUCGCAGGGCCACCCAGCUGGGCCCGGCGUUGGGCACCAAUGCCGAAGUGCUGCAGGCCAGGGCCCGGGGCCUGACCCAGCUCUACCAGACACUGGUGUCGCUCAGCAGGGCCCGGCGGUCUCUGCUGGAGGAGGCCCUGCGGCAGGGAGAGUUUCUCCGUGACUGUGAAGAGGAGGAAUCCUGGCUCCGGGAGCGACGCCAGCUUGUCCAAGCAGCCGUCCUGGGCCGGGACCCUGGCCAAAUCGUGGCUGCCCUUCAGAAGAACAAGGCCCUGGAGGCCGAGGUCAGCGCCCACCAGGCAGCGGGUGCAGACAUCGCCCGGAAGGCCCGGGAGCUGUGCCAGCGGGGCCACCCCACCCAGGUGGACAUCCAGGAGCGGGCGGAGGGGAUCCAAGCUGAGUGGCAGCUCCUCCGGGAUCAAGUGGCCGGGCUCCGUACCCGCCUGCAGGCCGCCCUGGUUGUCAAACAGUACUUUGCCGACGCCGGGGAGGUGGACUCGUGGCUGCGGGAGCAGCGCCCACUCCUAGCCAGCACCGACUACGGAAAGGACGAGGCCGGAGCCGAGGCCCUGCUUCAAAGGCACCUGAGGUUGGAGAAGGAGGUGCGGGCCUACGGGCUGGAGCUAAGGAGGCUGGAGGAACAGGCCCAGGAGGCCUCAGGCCAAGCCCCGCUCACGGUGCUGUUGGCACUGAGCCCCACGGAGGAAGGGCCCAGAGGCUUCGGCUCCAGGCGCCAGGCCGCCCGCAGAUCCGGGCGCUGGGGCACCCGGGAGAUCGCCAUCCCCGCUGACCCCGACCCCCACUUCAGUCCUGAGAACAUCCACAAGACCCAGAGUGACCUGGGCCAGGACUACGAGAAUCUGAGGGCCCUGGCAGAGAGCCGCAGGGCGCGUCUGCGGGAGAUGGUGGCCCUGUUCCACUUCUACAGCUCCUGUGGGGAGCUCCAGUCCUGGCUGGAUGACCAGGCCCUCCUGUUCCAGACACUGCAGCCCCAGGCUGACAACGUGGAAGUCGUCAGGCACAAAUACGAGAACUUCCUCACUGCCCUGGUGGCAGGGAAGGGCCGUCUGGAGGAGAUCAGCAGCUCUGCCGAGAGGCUGGCACCGGCUUGCCCUGCCGAGGCAGCGGAGGUUCGACGGCGGCAGCUGGAUCUGAGCCGGAGGUGGGAGCAACUGGAGGCCCUGAAGGAGGAGAAGGGGCAGCAGCUGGUGGGGCUGGCCGACGUGCGCAGCUUCCUGCAAGAGUGCGGGCACACGCAGGCCCAUCUGCGGACCGUGAUGCAGCAACUGGUGGUCGUGGACCCCGGGAACCCAGCCGCAUCCCCCGACGGGGCCCACCGCGCCCUGCAGCUGACCGAGCGUGAGAUCCUGCUGCUGGAGCGCAAGAUCCAGUACCUCACCAGUGUGGCCGUAACGAUGAAGGAGACGAAUCCCGCGGAGGCCCAGGCGCUGGGGAACCAGGUGGAGACGAUGCGGCGGCAGCUGGAACGGCUGCAGGAGGAGGCCUCGGGGCGCGCCCGGGCCCUGGAACAGGCCCGAGCCCAGCGGAGAUUCCUGAAGGAGAGUCACCAGCUGCUGCUGUGGGCAGAGGGGGCGCGGGCCCAGUUUUCCAGUGAGGAGAUGGGCACGGACGUGGCUUCUGCCAACCGGCUGCUGAGGGAGCACCAGGGCUUGCUGGAGGAGUUGCUCUCUCAUCAGGACAGCAUGCAGCAGCUGCUGGUCCAGGGCCAGCAUGUGGCCAAGGCGGCGCCCCGGGACUCUCCGGAAAUGAACAGCUCCCUGGAACGGCUUGGCCGGGAAGGCCGGGAGCUGGAGGCCCUCUGGGAACGGCGGCAACGGCAACUGCAGGAGGGACUGGAGCUACAGAAGUUUGGCUGGGAGGUCGACAGCUUCAAUGCCACCUGUGCCAACCAUGAGGCCUUCCUGCGCCUGGAUGCCCUCGGGGAGGAUGUGGAAGCGGUACAGAGACUACUGCGGAGGCAUCAAGAGUUGGAGCACCUGUUGGAGGCCCUGGGUCCGCGGGCUGAGUCUCUGAAAGCUCAUGGGGAUAGACUGGUGCAGAAGCAGCACUUUGCCAGCCAUGCGAUCAAGGAGAAGGUGUCGGGCAGCCAGGAUCGGUGGGCACGGCUCCAGACGAACAGCGGGCAGAGGAAGAAGCAGCUGCUGGCUUCCCUCCAGCUGCAGGAGUGGCACCGGGACGCGGCGGAGCUGGACCUGUGGAUGGAGGAGAAGUGGCUGGUGGCCGUGGACGAGUCUUACCGGGAGCCCAGCAACGUCCUACGCAAGCUCAAGUGGCACGAAGCGGCCGAGAGCGAGCUGCUUGUCAACCGCGGGCGCGUGGAGGAGAUGCAGCAGACUGGGAACAAGCUGGUGGAGAGCGGGCACGACGCCCAGGAGUCCGUGCAGGCGAAAAUGCUGGAGAUGGGCAGAAAGUGGGAGCAGCUGAACUCCAAGAUGGCAGACCGUGGCGACAAGCUGCGGCAAGCAGGGCAGCAGGAGCAGCUCAUGGAGCUGCUGCAGGAAGCUAAGGAGAAGAUGGAGCAGAUGGAGAAGGGGCUGCAGGGGGCAGAGACCGGCCACGACCUGCGCUCCAGUCGGGCCCUGCAGAAGCAGCACGGGCAGCUGGAGCGAGAGAGCCAGGAGCUGGCCGACAAGAUGAGCGCCAUCAUCGCCCGGGCCCGCAGCGUGGCCACCGGACACUUCAACUCCAAGUCCAUCCUGGAGGAGACCCAGAAAUACCUCCACAGGUUCGAAUCCCUACAGGGGCCCCUGGCGACCCGGCAUCAGCAGCUCCAGGCCUCAGUGGACCUCUACGAGUUUUACCACGCCCACGACAUGGAGACGGCAUGGGUGGGCGAACGCAUGCCCUGUGCCAGCUCCCCCAACUGCGGCCGGGCCCUGGACGUGGCCCAGAACCUCCUGCUUAAACACAAGGAGCUGCAGGCCGAGGUGACGGCUCACCGGGCCCAGGUGCGACGGGUGCUGGCGGCCGGGCGGGGCAUGGCGGAGGCCGGGCACCCCCAGGCCCGGCCCAUCACGGAGCGGUGCCAGGCUCUGGACGGAUGCUGGGCAGAGCUGGAGCGGGCGUGUGAGGAGAGGGCCCGGCGGCUGCAGCAUUCGGUCGCCUUCCAGCAGUAUCUGCUGGAUGUGUCGGAGCUGGAGGGCUGGAUGUCGGAGAAGUUGCCCCUGGUGAGCAGCCAGGACUUCGGCAAGGACCAGGCGGCCACCCUCAACCUCAUCAAGAAGCACCAGGCCCUGGAGCAAGAGCUGGCCCUCUACGGGAGCUUCGUGGCCGAACUGGCCCAAACAGGCCGCAGCCUGGCCGGCUCUCGCCCCACCGACGAGCUGGACGCGCCCCAGGAGGGGCUGCAGGGGCAGCUGCGGAGGAUGCAGGAGCUGGCGGCCACACGGGGCCGGAGGCUGGAAGGGACGCUGAAGCUGCACGAGUUCAUCCGGGAGGCCGAGGAGCUGCAGGACUGGCUGAGGGGUCAGAGGCAGGCGGUCGGCAGUGGGGAGGACGUCGUCGGAGAGGAUUACGAGCACGUCCUGCAUCUCCGGGCCAAGUUUGAGACACUGCAGCACCAGCUGGAGACGGGCGGGAGGCGAGUGGCGGCCUGCCAACAGCUGGCGGAAACGCUGCUGGACAGUGGGCACGGCGCGGACCAGCAGAUCCGCCAGAAGAAGCAGGAGCUGCAGAGUGCGUGGGCAGAGCUUUGGGAGCUGUCCCAAGGCCGAGACCGGGCACUGAGGGACACCGAGGCCGUGCUCAAAGUUCUCCAGGACCUGACCGAUGCCCUGGCCCACAUCCAGGAGAAGGCCACCAGCCUCCCUGACCAGCUGGGCCGGGAUGGGCGCGGGGCCCAAGCCCAGCUCCGGCGGCACGAAGAACUGGAGCACGAGUUGGUGGGCAGCGAGCAGCGGCUGCAGGAGCUGCUGGACGGCGCGGACGAGGUCCUGAAGCUGUGCCCACCAGGGUCGCCGGCUGCAGGGAGGCUGCAAGGGAAACAGCAGGCCGUGGUGCGGAGUUGGGAGGCUCUCAGGCUCCGGGUUCAGCGGCGCCGGAGCCAGCUGGAGCAGGCCUGCCGGCUCGCCCACUUCCUCUCAGAGGUGAGGGAUUACUCGUCGUGGGCCGCCGGAGUCAGGAGAGAGAUCCAGGCGGAGGAGACCACCCGGGACCCCGGCAGUAGCUCGCUGAGGCUGAGCGCCCACCAACAACUCCGGGCCCAGCUGGAGGCCCGGGACGAGGCCUUCCGGGCGGCCGCCCUCCACGGGGAGAAGUUGCUGCAGGAGGAAGAUGCCCCCAUCCCAGAGAUCCAGGAGAAGUUACAGUUGCUUCAAGAGGAGCAAAGCCAGGUGUUCCAAGCCUGGAAACUGAAGCAGGAUUGGCUGGAGGCAAUGCACCGGGAACAGCUCUUCCGCCGGGAUUUGGAUCACCUGGAUAAGAUCCUCACGGCCCAGGAGGUUUCUCUGAAGACCGGUGCCCUGGGAGGCUCAGUGGAGGCCGUGGAGCAGCUGAUCCGCAAGCACGAAGCUUUCCAGAAACUGCUGGCGGCGCAGGACGAGAAGGAGACGGCCCUCCGGGAGCAGGCGGAGCCCCUGAAGGGAGCCGGGGUGCAGGAGCUGCUGAGCUCGGUGCUGGCCCGGCGUCAGAGGGUCAAGGAACUGGCCCGGACCCGAGGGGAGGCCCUGGGCACCGCCCUGCUGCUGGCCAGCUUCACCCGGGACGUGGCCGAGGCCGAGGACUGGAUCCGGGAGAGGGCCCAGCAGCUGGAGGAGCCCGGCCCUCGGGGCCCCAACACCCUGCGGGACAGGCUGAAGCGGCUGAAGAAACACCAGGCCUUCGAGGCCGAAGUCGGAGCCCACCAGGAGGUCAUGACCCGCGUAAUCGAGAAGGGAGAGGCCCUGCUGGCCCAGGAGCACCCCGGCUCCCGGGACGUCAGGCUGAAGCAGCGGGCCCUGCAGCAGCGUUGGCAGCAGCUGAAGGAGGCCGUGGCCGCCCGGGGCAGAGAACUGGAGGACAAAAGGGACUUCCUUGAGUUUCUGCAACGCGUGGACCAGGUGGAGGCCUGGAUCCGGGAGAAGGAAGUGAUGGUGAGCGUGGGAGACCUGGGCCGAGACUACGAGCACUGCCUGCAGCUCAGCAAGAGGCUGGGCGAGUUCCGCGGAGCCUCCUUGGGGGAGACAGUGGACGAUGCCCACAUUGGGCACAUCAACGCGCUGGCCCAGAGGCUCCAGAGCCGGGACCCUGAGGAGAUCAAGACGGUUUUCCAGCGACGGAAGCAGCUCAAUGAGAGGUGGAGCAGUUUCUACGGCAGCCUCCUGCAGUACCAGCGGCAGCUGGAGGGUGCCCUGGAGAUCCACGCCCUGGCCCGGGAGCUGAGCGAUGUCAUAGAAAGGAUUGGGGAGAAGAGCACCCUGCUGCAGGCCCCGGGCUCCGGGAAAGACCUGGAUGGAGUCGAGAGGCUGCUGAGGAGACAUGAGGAGCUGGAGAGGGAAAUCAGCAUCAUCCAGGCCCAGAUGGAGCCCCUGGAACAGGAGGUGGUUCGCCUGGGCCAGAGGAGCCCGGGCUCAGCCCGCAGCCUCGCCAGCAAACAGAGGGAGAUGGCGGACAGCUGGCGUAACCUCCAGGCCCAGCUCAAGCUCAGGCGGGAGAAACUGGGAGCCGCUCACCAGCUGCAGAAAUUCCAGACGGAGCUGCAGGCCGUGCUGGGCUGGGCACGGGGGCUCCGGCCCAGCCUGGAGUCGGCCGCUCUUCCCGGAAGCUCCGCCGAAGCUCACAGCCUCCUGGAGGAGCACCAGGAAUACAAGACGGAGAUCGGGACCCGGGCGGACAGCAUCGCCUCGGUGCGCAGCACGGGGCAGCGGCUCCUGGGCGCCCGGCACCCCUCUGCCCCAGAAGUGUGCCGGGCGCUGGAUGGCCUGGACCAGGAGCUGGCCCAGCUGGAGCGAGCCUGGCAGGCCCGCCAGCUGCGGCUCACGCAGGCCCGGGACCUGCAGGCGUUCCUGAGCUUGGCGGAGCAGAGCGAGAGUUGGCUCGGCAGCAAGGAAGCCUUCCUGGCCGGCGAGGAUCUAGAGGACUCUCUGGCCAGGGUGGAGAACCUGCAGCGGAAACACGAGCAAUUUGAGAAGGGGUUGGAGGCCCAGAAUGAGACGCUGGAUGCCAUGGAGGCCCUUGCCCACAGCCUGCGCCAGGGCCACCACCCUGAAGCCCAGAGUGUCACCAGCAAGUGUCAGGCCGUGCUUGCCAGGAAGGAGAGGCUCCUGGAGAGCGCCCGCGCCCGCCGGGCUCAGCUGGAGGAGCUGCGGCUGCUGCAGUCGUUCCUGCGGGACUCCUACGAGAUGGCCACCUGGCUGAGCGAGAAGAACCGCGUGGCGCUGGAAGGGAGCUGGCAGGACCCCAGCACCCUGCAGGCCCAGCUGCAGAAGCACCAGAGCUUCCAGGCCGAACUGGAAGCCAACGCAAACCGGCUCCAGGCUCUGAAAGCGGACGGGGAACACCUGCUCCAGGAGGGGCACUCCGUCUCCGAGCCCAUCCAGGAACGGCUGCAGCAGCUGCAGGAUCUCUGGGACCAACUUCUGGUCAACAGCCAGGAGAAGGGAACCAAGCUACAGGACGCCUGCAAGGCCCUGCGUUUCCAGCGGAGUGUAGAGGAGGCAGAGCGCUGGCUGGAGGACAUGGAGGCCCAGCUGCGGGCCCCGCUGGGCGGGCAGAGCCUGGCAGGAGUGGGCGAGCUGUUGGUGGCUCAGGGGGAGCUGGAGGCGGCAGUGGGAGGGCAGGCGGACCGGGUCCAGGAGCUGCUGGGGCAGGCGCAGGCCGCCCGCUCUGAACGCCACUUCCUGGCCGGGGAGAUGGAGCAGCGGGCCCGGGGUCUGCUGCACAGGUAUGAGAGCCUGAAGGAGCCCCUGCAGGAGCGGCGGGCGGCGCUGGAGGCACGGCUUUUGCUGUGCCAGUUCUUCCAGGAGGUGGACGAUGAGCUGGCCUGGGUGCGGGAGAAGCUGCCCUCGGCCACGGCCCAGGACUACGGCCAGACGCUGAGUGCUGUGCAGUGCCUGCAGGAGAAGCAUCAGAACCUGGAGAACGAGAUCGAGGGCCACGACGUGCUGAUCCGGAAGGUGGUGAGCACAGGCCGCGGCCUGGCACACGGCGGGCACCCUGCAGCGGGCGAGGUGAUGGCGCGGCUGCGGCAGCUGGAGGCGGCGGUGGACGGGCUGCGGGCCGAGGCGGGCAAGAGGCGGCGGAGGCUGCAGCAGGCCCAUGAGGCCCAGGAGUUUCUGACGGAGCUGCUGGAGGCGGAAUCCUGGCUGGCAGAGCGGGGCUUCCUCCUGGAGGGCGAGGAGACCGGGCAAAGCGAGGAGGCCACCCAGGCCCUGCUGCGCAGGCUCGAGGCCACCCGGCGCGACCUGGAGGGGUUCGCUGCCAGGAUCGAGAAGCUGCAGGAGACGGGCACCGGCCUGGAGAGGAGGCACAACCCGGAGAGCCCGCAAGUGCUGCCCCGCCUGAGGACCAUCCGGGAGACCCACGGGCAGCUGCUGCAGAAGGCGGAGAGCCGCGGGCGGCAUCUGCAGGAGCAGCAGCGGUUCUUCCGGCUGGAACGGGAGGCCCGGCUCCUGGAGGCCUGGCUGGUCGCCAAGCGGGCCGUGGCCGAGUCCCAGGACUAUGGGCAAGACCUGGAGGAUGUCAAGGAGCUGGAGGAGAAGUUUGACGCCUUCAGGAAGGAAGUGCAGGUUUUGGGCCAGGCCAAGAUGCAGGGGCUGCGGGACCUGGCGGCCAACCUGGACCAGGAGGCUCCCGGGCGUUACCAGGAGGUCCAGGGCCACAGGCAGCGCGUUGAGGAGUCCUGGGAACGGCUGGGCCAGGCCAUGACGGCCCGCACUGAGAAUCUGGCCACUGCCCGGGAGGUGCACGGCUUCGACCAGGCAGUGGCGGAGCUGCGGGGCUGGAUGCAGGAGAAGGCGGCAGUCCUGGAGCGGGACGACUGCGGCCAAGACCUGCUGUCGGUGCAGACCCUGCAGAGGCAGCACGAGGGCCUGGAGCGGGAGCUGAUCGCCGUGGAGAAGGAGUUGGCGCGAGUGCGGACCGAGGCGGACUGGCUGGGCCGGCUCCAUCCGCCGGUGCAGGAGAGCCUGGCGGGGAGGCUGGCGGAGGCGGAGGAGGCCUGGGGCCGGCUGCGACGCCGGGCGCAGGAGCGGGGGCACUGGCUGGAGGAAGCUCAGCGGGGCCAUGCCCACCUGAGCACCUGCAGGGAGCUGCUCGGUUGGGUCCAAGAGAUGCAGGCCCGGGUGGCGGCGGCGGAGCUGGCGGGGGACGUGGCGGGGGCCGAGCGGUCCCUGCGGCAGCACGAGGAGCUCGGCCGGGAGAUGGAGGAGCAGCGGGUCCGGGUGCGGGACGCCCAGCAGGACGGGGCCCGGCUGGUGGACGGCGGCCACUUCAUGGCCACGGAGGUGGAAGAGUGGCAACAGGAACUGGGCGAGCAGCUGCAGGAGCUGCAGGCCGCCUGGGCCCGCCGCCGGGAGCUGUGCCGGGAAAACCUGGACCUGCAGGAGCUGCGGCAGGAGCUGGAGCAGGCGGAGGCCUGGCUGGCCGCCCGAGAGGGGCUCCUGCUGGACCCCGGCUGUGGGCACUCGGUGUCAGACGUGGAAGAGCUGCUCAGGAGGCACCAGGACUUUGAGAAGAUGCUGGCUGCCCAGGAGGAGAAGUUUGCCCACUUGCACAGGAAGACUGAGGCCGAGCAGAAGCUGCUGCAGCCCGUGCAGAUGGAGGGGCUGCGGUCGCAAGGGGCCGGGAAGAGGGGUCUCCCGUCCCUCCGGAGGAAGCCCUCCAUGCGCCGGGCCCAGGGGCCCGGACCGAGGGCUGGACCAGGGGUCCGGGGAGAGGGGCUGCGGCGGAUCCCGCUUCCCACUGCAGCCGGGCCCCGGGAGGAGGCCGCCCCUGGCAGAGAGGGGCUUCUGGGCAGGAAGGUGGCCAACCUCAGCCCUCUCCUAGAUCCCCUGGCACCGCCGGUGGCAUCCUUGGUCCCGGGGGAGCGGCCCACCCUGGAGGGGCCUCUGGAGCAGAAGGAACUUCUCCAGGCCGGGGGGAGGCAGGCCCCGGUGGCUCCGUGGACCUCCUGCUACGGAGUGGUGCGAGGGGGCACCCUGAGCUUGUUCCCAGACCGGAGCAAAGCGGCCGAGAGUGGAGCAGGCCCAGCUCCUCACCACCUCCUGGGAGGCCGGUGCCACAGGGUGAGCGACGGCCAUGAGAGGGAACACGUCUUCCGGCUCAGGCUGGGCACCGGCGCCGAGCUCCUGUUUGCAGCCACGACCGAGAGGGAGGCCAACGGCUGGGUGGAGGCCCUGAUCGCUGGCAGCAGGGCCCCUGGAGUCGGAGCCGGCAGCCCCCCGGAUGGGACCUUUCCAGACUGGCAGCCCGGGCAGGCCAUCCUUCACAGAAGGAGCCCUUCCUUCCAGCUCCGCCGGAAGACGGAGUGGACGGAGAGUCCGGCCGCGGGAUCCCCUGCCAUUGAGGGGCCUGCUCCUGCCCUCGCUGUGGGCGCCAUCCCCGCUGAGACGCCUCCUUCUCCUCGUCCCUUCGCCCGCGAGCCCCUGGGGACCGGAGGGGAAGAGGGGGACCCGUGGGGUUCGCUGGACACAGGCUCUGGCCCGCUGAGAGCCGACCGAGCCGCGGUUCUCAGCGCCAGCCGCGGCAGCGACUGGCAGCGGAAAGACAAGCACGUCCUGAAGAAACUCUUGAGGAAGAAAUAG